AUGGUUGACGAAUACAAAGCUCUGAUUGAUAAUGGCACUUGGCGUCUAGUUCCUCGACCACCCGGUGCCAACAUCGUCUCAGGCAAGUCGAUUUUCAAGCAUAAGCACCACUCAGAUGGAUCUCUUGCUCGACACAAAGCUCGUUGGGUUGUUCGUGGUUUUUCUCAGAGGUAUGGCAUUGACUACGACGAAACUUUCAGUCCAGUUGUGAAACCUGCCACGAUUCGGGUUGUUCUCAGUAUUGCAGCAUCUCAUUCUUGGCCUAUUCAUCAACUGGAUGUUAAGAACGCGUUUCUUCAUGGUCAUCUCAAUGAAACUGUUUACUUAUCUGAUUCAUCGCUGUUUGUGUACAAAGAUGGCUCCAACACUGCUUACUUGUUACUGUAUGUUGAUGACAUCGUUCUGACUACCUCAUCGCCAGCUCUUCUUCGUCGUAUCAUGGAGCGACUUCAUUCUGAGUUUGCUAUGACGGAUUUAGGAGAACUUCAUCAUUUUCUUGGGAUUUCUGUUACUAGAUCUGCCAGCGGUCUCUUUCUGUCUCAAAGACAGGAUGCAGCUGAUCUUCUGCAGCGUGCUGGAAUGUCUGAAUGCCAUCCCACAGCUACUCCUGUUGAUGCCCGUAUGAAGCUUUUUGCCAUAGACGGCUCUCCUGUUGAUGAUCCGACACAAUAUCGCAGCCUUGCUGGUGCUCUCCAGUACUUGACACUGACUCGUCCUGACCUUGCAUAUGCUGUUCAGCAAGUCUGUCUAUUUAUGCAUGAUCCACGGGAACCUCAUCUUGCAUUCCUUAAGAGGAUUCUUUGUUAUGUCAAGGGGACACAGUCUGCUGGUCUUUCUAUCAGUGUUGGACCGAUUGAUAGUCUCACUACUUAUUCGGAUGCUGACUGGGCUGGUUGUCCGGAUUCUCGCCGUUCGACUUCUAGAUACUGUGUCUAUCUUGGUGAUAACUUCGUGUCUUGGUCCUCUAAGCGGCAGACCACCGUCUCUCGCUCCAGCGCUGAGGCAGAAUACAGGGCUGUAGCACACGCUGUUGCAGAAACAUGUUCGCUUCGUCAGCUACUCCAGGAGCUACACACUCCGCUACCUUCGGCGACGAUUGUUUACUGUGACAAUGUCAGUGCAGUAUACAUGACUGGGAAUCCUGUUCAUCAUCGGCGCACGAAGCAUAUUGAGAUUGACAUCCACUUUGUCCGUGACAAGGUUGCUCUGGGUCAGGUCCGAGUGCUCCAUGUUCCCUCGUCGCACCAGUUUGCGGACAUCAUGACCAAAGGCUUGCCUGUAUAG